CUCCCGCUUCCAGAGCCGGCCCAGAGCCGCUCCCGCUUCCAGAGCCGGCCCAGAGCCCGUCCCCGCGGCCCCCAGCAUGCAGUGGCUGCUCUGCGCGCUGCUGCUGCUGCUGCUGCUGCAGCUCGGCCACGGCCGCUCCCCGCCCGCAGAGUUGUAUAGCCUGGAAAUAACCAACAAUGGUCCCAUCACAACGGGAGCUCAAGCUACUGUUCAGGCCAGGCUAAGAAUGAAGAACGAAAAUGUCACAUCAAACUGGUAUCACUUUAACUGGGUCUAUGCUCCUCUGAUUCUGAUAGAGAAAUCCGAGCAGCAGUUUAAUUCCAUAAUUAAUGUGACUGGUGAAUUCCCUGGCACUUUCCCUGUGUCUGUCUGGGUGACUCACAUAAACUGUUGGUUGUGUCGGCCGAUUGCAAGAAACGUCACCGUGCUCCAGAUUACAGAAUUUAUCACAGGGAACCUCGCCAUAGCCCAGAUAGAAGACAGCAGAGUUACCACACAUGGUUCUAGUUCCUCCACAGACACAAUGACUCGGAUUUCUUUCUCUCUUCAUGACCCAAGUCAUUACUUCAACUCAGCAUCAUUUGUCUACAGCUGGGAUUUUGGAGACGGAAUUUACCAGAUUACCAAGGAACCCUUUGUCUACUGCAACUGCUCCUCCCUGGGGAACCGCACGGUGCACCUGAAGGUCGUGGCUGAAUGGGAGCAGAUUGGGAGCAUCAUUCACGAAAGAGAAACGAUGCAGAAAACUGGUGAUUUUACCACAGCUCUGGAGCUCUUGGAUGCUGUUAAAAGUAUUGACAUCGUGGGCUCCAGAGAGACUCAUGUAAUGGAAAACUUGAAUUUAUCUCUUCAUAUCAAUGGCACCCCACCACUAGCAUUAUGCUGGCUUAUAAAAUCCGAGUGCAUUCCACUUGAAGGUGACAAAUGCCAUCUGGUGGAGAUCAGUGGCUCCUGCUACAACCUCAGCCACACCUUCAGGGACGCGGGGCAAUAUUGCCUCAGUGUCAGGGUGGAGAACGGCGUGACAAUGCUGCAGACAUACCACGGGAUCAAAGUGCGGCCAGCAGGAAUCCACCCAGCUUUCUUUGUCCUGCUCUGCACUGCUCUGGUUUCAGUGAUGCUGGUACUGGUGCUGUACACAACUUUUCGAAGUCACACACAACAAAAAGACCUCGUGGAGGUAGCCGACUUUGACUUUUCUCCACUGUCUGAUGAACACCGGUCUAAUCAUUCCAAGUCAGGCUGUGGCCCAGUAUGUUGCAGAUCAUGUUUUCUUCAACCAUCAAAAGAAGCUGCCUGGGAGAGUCAUGAACUGCUACAUUCACUUUACAAGCCAGUCAAAAUGUACACACUGUGA